AUUGACUCAGGUCAGAGUCAGACUGAUGUAUUAGUUUCUCUCUCUAAACCAAAUCCAUUUUUGAACAACUCUCUUCUCUUCUCUCGUGGAGCCAAAUACGAAUCAACAGCCUCAAUUCAUUUUCUUCCUUAGAUUUUUUCAAUUCAGGCACCCAACUUUACUUUCUUUCAUCCUAUCAUGUAUUUUCUUUAUGGAAGCUUGGAUCAUGCAAUUUCGAAUUAAGGUGAACGGACCAAUAACAAUCAUAAGGUGAUCUAUCCGAUUGAGCUAACACUAUACCGGCCUGGGACUGCAACUUUGUAUAUAAAAAUGGGUUGCUUCACAGUCCUGAAAUAUAAGAAGAAACGAAAUGAGCAGGGUAGCAUUGUCAAACGUUUCAUCACUCCGGAGCAUUCAUCAGCUGCACUGCCUGAACCAAAUUCCCAAAGUCGAAGUUUGCAGUCUGCACCCCCGAGUUUUAGAACGCGAGUAAAACCCGUUCAGCAGGCAAACAAAGUUUCAAAUAGUAGAACAAGGGCAUUAUCUGCUCCGUGUAGUCUAGAUACGGCAGAAGAGGAUGCCCUUUCAUCAGUUGAAUGUGAGGAGCAAGAGGAUUCCAGAAGUCGGAUUGGGUCAAUCAAGGAAUAUCAUUCCCAAAGUCCACAACCACUUCCUCUACCAGAACCUCAGGCACAAAACGCCAAUGUUCUAAAGAAUUUGUCGAGCUUUAAAAGUUCAACUUCCAGUGGUCCUCUCAACACUUCAGGGCCUCUUCCACUCCCUCCUCAGGGAACAAUAAGAAAUUUCUCAUUUGAAGAAAUUGCAAUGGCUUGCCAUAAUUUCUCGCAAGAGCUGUGUUUAUUAGAAGGUCUUUCUUCUUCAAUGUAUAUAGCUUCCUUUGGAGAUGAUACAUCCACCUCGAGAAAACAAGAAGCUGUUGUAACUCGCCUUCACAACUCCCCCCUGGUGUUGAGAGAUUUCGUAAAUGAGGUGAACAAAUUAUCAUCCUUGCAGCAUUCUAACCUCUGCAAAUUAUUGGGUUUUCAUGCACGUGAUGGAUCGGACAAGAGAAUGUUGGUUUACGAGAGGCUUUUCCAUGGAAGUUUAGACAGACUUUUAUAUGGAAGAUCAGAUGGGCCACCUAUAGAUUGGAAUGCCAGAAUGAAGGUAGCAUUAUGUGCUGCACAAGGUCUUACAUUCUUACACGAGGAAGGGCCUUUUCAGGCAAUGUACAGUGAGUUUUCAACCGCUAAUAUACAGAUCGAUAAGGAUUUUAGGGCAAAGCUAUCAGGAUUUGGAUGCGUUAGUCACUUACCAGAAAAUGAGAUUCCUAACAGCUCUGUUGCUUUAGCAACUUUAUCAAUGGAGACAUUGGAGAGAGGAUUGGUUACUCCGAAGAGCAAUGUUUGGAGCUUUGGGAUAGUUCUUCUCGAAAUACUCACAGGCAGGAAGAAUCUGGAUAGCAGCCGGCCCAAGGAAGAGAGGAACUUAGUGAAAUGGAGCAAACCGUAUUUAGCAGAUGACAGCAGGUUGUCUCUAAUAAUGGAUCCUCAACUAAAAGCCCGUUUCCCAAUCAAAGCAGCUCGAGCAGUAGCUGACAUAUGCCAAAAGUGUUUACAAAAGGAAUCUAUGGAAAGACCUACAAUGAGAACAAUAGUGGAACAUCUCAAAGUGAUACAAGACAUAAAAUACUCAUGCAGGUUCCCACUUCAAGAACCGGGAACAGCUGCGCGAAAGCAAAUAUCAAAAUCUCUUAGUAUGAACGGAAUUGUGAUUAGUCCAAUGAGGAGGUCAACAAGUUCGGCAUCAUUAACAGGGGCAAGUAAACCGUUUUCUUCAGCUCCAAUAGUUUUGCCGCUUCCUCCUCUUCGGACUUGUUCUUCCAUUCUCAUGAUGGAGGGAGGACUUGUUCAGCAUGAAAGACGCAAAUCAGUGUCUUCUUCGGCAGGGGAUGUUCAAGGGCCGAGUGUGGAAGGAUUUUAGUUUUUUCAUUUGUUUGAGUUAUUUUGUUUGAUUGAUUGGUUGUUGGUUGGUUUUAUAUAUUAUUAUUAUUUUUGUGUUUUCUGACAUAAAUAUUAUAUUUUUAUUAUUUAUACCAUGUAUAAAAGGAACUAGAUUUUGCUCUC